GGCUUUGUCGUAAGGGGGAUUUUUUUUUCUUUUUUUUUGUGUUGGUGUUGGUCCUUUUUUAUUUUUUUUACACACAACUUGUCUGAGAAGUCGCCCGCUGCUGCAGCUGCCGCUCCCGGAGGUGGCUGUUUGCUCGGAGCUCUUUUUUUCGGACAAAGUGUGAAACAAGUGUCAAGGAAGAGAGCAACAGAUGUUUCUGGUGGACAUGCAGCCGGCUGAGGAAUGAGGGCAGCGGCGAGGCACCGGCGGCCCUUCCAGCGGUUCUGCUGCUGUGGACUCGGGCUGGUCGCCGUCUUCUGGCUCGCACAGGUCAUCCAGGCACCAGACACAAAGUCCUCCGGGCUCCAGCCAGGCGUGAAUGGUGAACUGCUGCGAUGGACACGCAGGCUGAUGCAGGAGAACUCAGACAACCAGAGCCUGCAGGAGCCUCGAGCAGCCAUCCAUGAGUUUCCAGAGGACAUCUUUACCAAGGAGCAGAGGAAAAAUGGGGCCGUGGUUCUGCAUGCAAUUUGUGCCAUCUACAUGUUCUACGCUCUGGCCAUCGUCUGUGAUGACUACUUUGUCCCCUCACUGGAGAAAAUAUCAGAGAACCUGCAGCUCAGUGAGGAUGUGGCCGGGGCCACGUUCAUGGCUGCGGGAAGCUCCGCCCCGGAACUUUUCACCUCUCUCAUCGGUGUCUUCAUCACCAAAGGGGACGUCGGGGUCGGCACCAUCGUGGGCUCAGCUGUCUUCAACAUCCUGGUCAUCAUCGGGCUGAGUGGGAUCUUUGCAGGACAGACAGUGGUUCUGACUUGGUGGUCACUUUUUAGAGAUUCCUCUUACUACAUCCUCUCCGUCCUGGCCCUCAUCAUGGUUAUCUAUGAUGCCAGAGUGGUCUGGUGGGAGUCCUUGAUGCUGAUGACCAUGUAUGCGAUCUACAUCAUAAUCAUGAAGUUCAACUCCCAGUUGUCGGUGCUGGUGACGCGUCAGGUCCGGGGCGGCGGGUCGUGCUGCCGCAGGUCAGAGGAGCAGCGGGACAGUAAGAUGGGGGAGGAGGCUCUGGCGUGCAACACCUCCUUGGUUCUUCUCAACAAAGGCCAAGCCCACGGCCAGGAGAACCCUCCGGUCAUCAUGGUGGACGAGCUGCUCAUCCUCAACCCCCACAAGCUGUCCUUCUCAGAGGCCGGCCUGCGCAUCAUGAUCACCCCCCACUUCUCGCCCCGCACCAGGCUGACCAUGGCCGGACGCGUGCUCAUCAGUGAGAGACAGCGGCUGAUCAGGAGCUCCAGGCACCAGCGGGACGGCGACGGCGGCCCCGGGUCGAGAGGCGGCUCCACCAGCAACAGCCUGAAGAGGACGGGCUCCUGCAGCCUGGAAAACGGAGGCGGGAGACCCGGGCCGAUGGACGCCGAGUCAGCGGACAAACCGGGGGGGCCGGAGUGGGUCAUCACCUGGCCGCUGGGCCUGCUGCUCUACUGCACCGUGCCUAACUGCAUCCGGCCACGCUGGCACCGCUGGUUCAUGGUCACCUUCGUGGCCUCCACCCUGUGGAUAGCCAUUUUCUCCUACCUCAUGGUGUGGAUGGUCACCAUCAUCAGCUUCACACUCGACAUCCCGGACUACAUCAUGGGCAUAACCUUCCUGGCGGCGGGGACCAGCGUGCCCGACUGCAUGGCAAGUCUGAUUGUAGCUCGACAAGGCAUGGGGGACAUGGCAGUGUCUAACUCCAUUGGCAGCAAUAUCUUUGACAUCUUGCUGGGUUUGGGCUUCCCUUGGGCUCUGCGGACCCUCGUGGUGGACAAUGGAUCUGUAGUCUCCAUAAAUAAUAAAGGACUUGUAUAUUCCGUCGUCCUGCUGCUAGCAUCAGUGUUUCUGACGGUGACGAGUGUUCAUCUGAACCACUGGAGGCUGGACCGCCGGCUGGGUCUGGGCCUGUUGUUUCUCUAUGCCAUCUUCCUUCUCUGCUCCAUCCUCUUCGGGCAGAUGUAAGGCCUCGGGCCUGGAAAAAGCCCACCCGUCAGUCGACUAGUUACAUUUCUACCAGACGUCUUCUAACCCGAAGCCAAAAAAAAAAACAGAAAAAAGAAAAGCAGUGACAGUGUUGUUGUGUUCCUCGUAGAAACGUCUGUGCUCCUCUGUAGGAAUCACUCCGGUGAUAAUGUCCAGCUACACUAACAGACACGUUUUUUUUGUCUUUUUUGAACAGUGCUGUGUUUGGUUACAGUGUUUCGGUAUUAAGUAGGGUGACUUAGCAAAAAAGAAAGAAACAUUUAAAUAUAUCACAGGCUAAGAGAUGGCGGUAGCAGUGUUUGUAGGUCUUGAUUUACAUGAUAAAAGGAAGCGACACCGACCGCAGCAUCCUCGGAAACGGAACUUUUCUACUCCUCAGUUUUUCUGCAGUGCUGCUGCUCUUUAAUGGCAAACCUAAUGAUGAUACGGGAACCAAACCUGAGCUGAAAUUUGCAUCUCUUAACUUAAUUUUGUGCUGUUUUCGGUUCUCCCAGUGCUUUUUCUGCUACCACCUUCUCAAUUGUCAAGCUCAGCCUUUCCAGCUUCACCUCCAAGUUACCAUACAGUCCAGCAGACAAACACAAAUCUCAGCUUCCUCGGAUCGAUUUUUUGUUUUUGUUUUUCUCUAUCAAAUGCCACGCUGCCCCAGUUCAAUUAAAGCAAUAAGCCCUUAGAGGUUCUGAUUCAGAAUAACUCUGUAUAAUUAGUUGUUUGUAUUUUUAGUGUUUGAGAAAGCUGCUGAAGCUAAGCAAAUUAAUGCUUACAAGCUCCUUCAACAACACCACUGUAAGCACAAGUCUUUUCUGAUAGACCAACUUUACAAGCUUCCACCUGGUGCUGGGCACACUCUCGCUUAGUUUAUUUUUUUUCAAAUUUAUUUUUAUCCGACAGCACUUAUAAAACAGUUCGAGCAGGUUUUGCACAGUUGCGAUUUUAUGGGAGGGGGAAUUAAGCGUUAAAAAGAUCCUCCAACAAAAGCCAAGCACAGGAAGAAGAAGAAGAAGAAGGAAAAAAAGCUCUUGAGAACAGGCCCAGAGGCUUGUAGACGUGUCAGAAGGCCAAACCCACAGAUGAUUUCUACUGCUGUGUCAUGCAUGGAGCUGCUUUUACAGAUUCCUUUUCUGAAUGUACACCCUAGCUGAUGUUAGCGUUAGUGUGAACAUAUAGAAUCCAAAUGUAGCAGGUGGCACCGAGUUACAGAGGUCUGAACAGCCAAUAAAAAAGGAGAACAUGUGUGUCAGAGACUUUAGAGUAGUCAGUAUAAAAAAAAUGCACAAUAUCUUGACAAUAUUUUUGCCUAACUACUUCAAAACAGCAAGCACUAGUACAACAAGGUACGCAAAUAGACAAACUUAGUAUUUCUGUAUUUUUCAGUCUUAUGAAUAUGAAAUCUAAUAUAUAAUGUACUUAUGAGUGUCACAAACUUUGAUGACUGAGUGCAGGUUUAGUCAUUUACGUCAUGUUUAGGUACGACAAUCGAUGUUUGCAAUGUUUCUUGUACAUUUAAUAGGAUGAUUUCAGUUUGGUGGAACAUUUUUAAGUUGAAGAAACACUCCAAGCAGGCUAAGACGCACACGCAUGCAGUCACAUGAGGAAGAAAGUGCAACGUCUCGGUUCUGCUGUUCUUUUUUCAUUUUUUUCUUUUCAGUGUUUUGGGAUUUAAAAAUCAUCUGGACCUCACGGGGUCCUAAAAGCAGGUAAAUGAAACCUAUUUUACAAUAACAUGACACCCGGUUAUUUAUUAAACAGGAACCGUGGGGAAAACAAAUGAAAUCUUUACUUAUAGUGCAAAAUUUAGGAAUGUUAUAAUAAAAAGUUCUAAUGAAUAAUGACAGUAAAGCAGGUUUUAACUUCCUGUAUGAUCUGUACAGGACUGAAUCCAAGUUUGGGCCUUUUUGUAAAGCCUCAGAACCAGAGAUGAUGCUUUGUUCAUCUCACAGACUGUACAUUUACAACAUGUGCGUUUCGAUGGCAAAAGAUGCUGCAUUUUCAUUUCUGACCAACUGUUCCUCUGUCAUCCGGGAACGGAAAAAAAAGUUCAACAAUGUGGGCACAUUUUUAACUUUAUGGAGGAACCUUCGGUAUUUGGUAUUUUUGCUUAUGUCUGUGAAUUCUAAAUGUUCCAUCAAAGGGAUACUAUCGACUUUUUUUUUAAUGAUUGUACAAUAAUUAUCUUCGUCCACUUGACAAUACUUUUUACUGUUUUUAAAUGUUCAAAUUACUUAUAGUUUUACAGGACUGAAUUUAUGAAAGAGACUUGUUUUGUGGUAUUUUGAUAUUUUUUGAAAAAUACAUACUUGUGAAUUAUUGUAACAGAAUGAAUGCGUAUUUGUGUGUUCAAUGGACUGUGAAGGCGUUAAAAAAAAAAUCUAAACUAGCACUAUUCUUAUCCAUCAUUAGUUACCUUUUGCCUCCAUUUUUGUAUCAACCAACACGCUCCACCUUGUCGUUUUCACAAAAAGAGAAAAGGAAAAGACCUGCAGGUCCAAAUGGAGUUUAGAGAAAAUGCAAAGGUCCUGAAAAUGUUUUAAUCUCAACCAAAAAAUGCCAAACUGGGACAAGUUUUUCUACUGCUUUGUUUACUGUAAUGAUUAAAUUGGGAAUAUAACUGCAUAGCAAUAAGUAAAGAUACAAGGCAUUUCCUUCUUUAAUUGAACGUGUUAGUCCUAACGUUUCCUUUUUUUGGGGUCUUACCAGAGGCAGAAGUUGUCUCUCUGUAUCCUCUUCAUCUCCGUCCUCAUUUUCCCGGCAGAUGAGUCACAGCAGCCUGUGACGCUGACGUGCUCUUUCGCUCAGCUGUCAGGACCCGCUGUCAUACCUCCUGAUCCAGUACUAAUAAUAAUCCCAUUAAUCCAAACACGCUGAACUCAGUUCUCCAAAGACUAUUCUCUUCAUUCUGUCGUGAUGUUGGAGGUAGAUGACAUUUUAGAAUCAAAUUUACUGCUUUAGAGAUUGUAAUGGAUCCUAGAUGACUGUUGUAUUUUGAGUGCAAUAAAAGGAAAAAGUGCAA